CUCUGGCUAAAGGUACAUCAGAUAAUGGCAUCUGCGACCAAACCCUGUCCCGCCGCUGGGAAGGCCUAAGGAGAAACUCCGGGACCAGGUGAGGAGCUGGCAGAGCAAUCUGCUGCUGCCUCCUCGGCUGAGACCUCUCCAGGGAGGGUCAGGCCGGAAACCUCGCCAGUCUUUGCUGCCUGUUGAUCAUGAAUGAACUCCCAUCUUUGACCCCCGUGGGGUCCUCAGGACUCCAAAUGAACAGAGGCUCCCAGUUCUCGCCAGAGGAGAUUCCCGCAGCUGCUUCAAAGCCUCGACACAGCCUGGGUGUGCUCCAUGCCUCUUACAGUGUCAGCCAUCGCGUCGGGCCCUGGUGGGACAUCGCAUCUUGCCGGCAGCAGUGGAACAGGCAGAUCCUCAAAGAUGUCUCCUUGUACAUCGAGAGUGGGCAGAUCAUGUGCAUCUUAGGGAGCUCAGGCUCAGGGAAGACCACGCUGCUGGACGCCAUGUCCGGGAGGCUGUGGCGCACAGGGACCUUGUUCGGGGAGGUGUUCGUGAAUGGCCAGGUGCUGCGCAGGGACCAGUUCCAGGACUGCUUCUCCUACGUCCUGCAGAGCGACACUCUGCUGAGCAACCUCACGGUGCGCGAGACGCUGGGCUACACUGCGCUGCUGGCCAUCCGGGGCAGCUCCCCAGACUUCAUCCAGAAGAAGGUGGAGGCAGUCAUGGCCGAGCUGAGUCUGAGCUACGUGGCAGACCAGCUGAUUGGCAACCACACCUUUGGGGGAAUUUCCAAUGGCGAGCGGCGCCGGGUCUCCAUCGCAGCCCAGCUCCUCCAGGAUCCCACGGUCAUGCUGUUUGAUGAGCCGACCACUGGCCUGGACUGCAUGACGGCCAAUCAGAUCGUCGUCCUGCUAGCAGAGCUGGCUCGCAGAGACCGCAUUGUGAUUCUUACCAUUCACCAGCCCCGCUCCGAGCUCUUCCAGCUCUUCGACAAAAUCGCUAUUCUGAGCUUUGGGGAGCUGGUAUUUUGCGGGACACCAGUGGAAAUGCUUGAUUUCUUCAGUGGCUGCAGUUACCCUUGUCCUGAACAUUCAAACCCUUUUGAUUUUUAUAUGGACCUGACAUCAGUGGAUACCCAAAGCAAAGAACGGGAAAUGGAAACCUACAAGAGAGUCCAGAUGAUUGAAUCUGCCUACAAAGAAUCAGCAAUUUAUCACAAAAUCUUGGAGAAUAUUGAAAGAACAAAGCACCUGAAAACAUUACCAAUGGUUCCUUUCAAAACCAAGGAUUCUCCUGGAGCUCUCACUAAACUAUGUGUUCUCCUGAGGAGAGUGACGAAAAACUUAAUGAGAAAUAAGCUGGCAGUGAUCAUGCGACUGAUCCAGAACCUGAUCAUGGGUUUGUUCGUCAUUUUCUUCCUUCUACGGGUCCAGAACGAUGUGCUAAAAGGUGCUUUCCAGGACCGCGUGGGUCUCCUAUACCAGUGUGUGGGUGCCAUGCCAUACACAGGCAUGCUCAACGCUGUGAACCUGUUUCCUGUGCUGCGAGCUGUCAGUGACCAGGAGAGUCAAGAUGGCCUGUAUCAGAAGUGGCAGAUGCUGCUGGCCUAUGUGCUGCAUGUCCUCCCCUUCAGCGUCAUUGCCACCGUGAUUUUCAGCAGUGUGAGCUACUGGACUCUGGGCUUAUACCCCGAGGUUGCCAGAUUUGGAUGUUUCUCUGCUGCUGUCUUGGCCCCCCACCUGAUUGGUGAAUUUCUGACUCUUGUGCUACUUGGAAUGGUCCAAGACCCAAAUGUGGUCAACAGUAUAGUGGCUCUGCUUUGCAUUGCUGGGGUGCUUGUGGGGUCCGGAUUCCUCAGAAACAUAGAAGAAAUGCCCAUUCCUUUUAAAAUCUUCACUUAUUUUACAUUCCAAAAAUAUUGCUGUGAGAUUCUUAUAGUCAAUGAGUUCUAUGGACGGAAUUUCACGUGUGGCAGCUCAAAUGGCUCUGUGGCAGCUAAUCCAAUGUGUGCCUUCAAUCAAGGAAUUCAAUUCAUUGAGAGGCUCUCCCCAGGUGCAACGUCCAGGUUCACAGCCGACUUUCUGAUUCUGUAUGCAUUCAUCCCAGUUCUUGUCAUCCUAGGAAUAGCUGUUUUUAAAGUAAGGGAUCAUCUCAUUAGCAGAUAGUAAAGAACAUUGCUGUGAAAAUGGAACUUAAGCCCCCAGAUGUGCACGACGGCUUGGAAGGUUUGAAAUCAGCGUGCCACGUGUUUCUCUCCUGAUAGUACAUCUGAAGUCUUUUAAGCCAUUAAGACUCCGUUGGUGCCACUUGGCUCCAUGCAGGCCAGGAAUGCUGUUCCAACUUGCAGGGACACAUGGUACUUGGAGAUUAUGAGUAAGCCAGUCCAAAAAUGUAGAUAAUAAUAAUUCAUAAAGUUAUGAAGACUAGUAUGACUGUUUUCUUUGCUCUAGACAGAAAAAUAGGUCAAUUAAAAAAAUUAUGCUUACAUUUGUUAAAGGAUUCAGUAAAAAGACAGCAUUUGAAUGAUGACUGUAAAUAACAUAAAGAUUUGUGAGUGCGACUGAAGCGAAGCAUCGUGCAGAAUUGGGUAAGAAUGCUUUCAUUGUCAUUUUAAAGCCCAUCAUUAUGUGCACGUGUCCACCUGAGGGGUCUGAGUUACCUGAUCAUAUGGAGAGGAUGGUGGGCAGGUGCUGGAUGAUGAAAACCACUGAUACAGAGCACUCAAUGAUUUUUACUGAGAGUUACAAUGAAAAAACUGAGAACACAGCACACUAGACAAACCUCUGGUAAUGAUUUUAAAAAUUAGUUGGCUAUUUUUCAAUUUUCGCUUAGUUUACUUACAAAAUUAAAAGUAAGUGUUAUUAGAUAAAGUAUAUGCACUGAGAAAUGACAUCUUUAAGAUGGGAGAGCAGCUGAUAUUCAAAGUCCAUAUAAAAAAGAUGCUCAACUGACAACAUUUACACUAAGAAGAACAGGGUUACACACUAGGAAUUCAUGUUCUUGAGUUGUGUAGACAAAGAAUGCUGACACAUAUUACAUGUUUUUAGGGAUGAAAUGUUGUAUAUAGAUUGUAUAUAAAUGGGUUAUGUACUAAAUGACUGAUUUUCAUUCUGAUUGAUCUUGAAGUAAUUCAUGUCUAAGUCUGAAAUGAAACUGUCUCAGUGUUACCAUGGUAAUUCUGAGUGAAAAUAUCUUAGAGAGUACAUGAACUUGUGCAGUUACUAUGACCUAACUUGUAAAAAAUGAUAAAUUAUCAUAUUUUGCCGGGUAUAAUGUGCUCCUGUGUAUAAUGUUCACCCACGUUUUUGGCCCAAACUUUCAGGGAAAAAAUCUUUUGUUUUAGUUUUCCAUGGGAUUUUCCAAUAAUGUUUGUAAAAAUGUCAGCUGGAUUGCUAGCUCCCGCCUAAAGUGUACCAAGAGAAAUGUCGUGCUGCUCACCCUAUGGUAAUAAAGUUGGCAUCACCUAUCUUAUUCAGUCAGAGUCACUUACUCUGUGGACAACAAUACAUCACUCUUCAUUUCAUUUCAUUGAAUCAUUGGCCGAAAUUGCUUUCGUUGCAAGUUUAUUGUUCAACAAAACCAAUUAUCGUAUUCCAGGGUAUUAUUUUGCAUACGGAUAUUGUUAUUGAUUUCUAGAGUUACACUAUUAACUCAGAAGCAUAUUGAGUAAAAGAAUUAAAAAUAUUUAUACAGAUAUGGAAUUAGUACUACCCAUGUAUAAUGCGCAACCUUAUUUUUCCCUCACAAAUUUGUGCAAAAAAGUGCGCAUUACACAUGGUAAAAUAUAGUAUACAUUUGCAAUGUCUCACAUUAUAGUAGAAAAGAUCAUUUCAUUAAGAAAAACACAGUGAAAUUCUAUUUUGCAGAACUGUAUUUAAGGAUCUGGAGACAUUGGUAAAUUACCAGAAUAUUAUUGUCAAUUUUUAUAAAAGGUCUUUGACACUGAUGAUUAUGGCAUAAUAGUUACAUAAUACCUUACAGAUUAUAUAUGUCACAUCAAUUACAGACAAUUCUGGAGAUGAUAAUCUAUUAAAGUAGUUCAAAGAGUCCCAUAGGAACCUCUUUUGAAAUAACUGAUUUCAACUUACUGAAGAUACGGGUGUACAAUGUAAGUGGAAACAUUUUCUACUAUUCAUAUGUAGAUGAAUUUCAUUCUUGCUCAGAAACAUUUGGAAAAUUGACACAGCACGUGACUUCAAGCUAUUAAAUGUUAGUGAAACCAUCUUAGUAAAACACAAUGACUUUCAACAUGUGACAGUUUGUGUCUUAAGUAAAAAAUGGACAGUGAUGUGUAAGAAAAUCAAAUUAUAUAAUAAAAAUUCCUGUUACUAUUGUG